AGAACCUCCAGAUUGUUCGGUUCAGAUCGUGCUGGCUGUGCUUGCGAGAGGACGUUUGUUCGUUUGUUUCUUCGUCGAUCGUAGUUUCGUUGUCUAACUUCACGUUCAAAGCUUUACCGACGGUCAGUAGAUUCUUCGACCUAUUGUGAACGGGGUGCCCGUCGAUUAUUUGGAUUUGAAAGUGGUUUUUGUGAAAAUUUUUGCUAAAUGUUGAGGAACAUGUGACAAGGACUUGAAUUGUUUCCCUCUUGAGCGGUAUGUGGUUAAUCAUGCUGUCAGUAACGUGGUUAGUGGGUGAGACAUCGGCCAUACCUUGUGAAGAAGCUCGUAUGAAGUGUGCUUAUCGAGUGGGUUGUGGAAUGGCACUUCAGAAUUAUUUGAUGGGAUGUUCAGCAGUACUGCAGGGUGAAAGUUUUCCAACAUAUUGCCCGGACUUUUGCCAGUAUACUCUAACCGCACUAACCUCCACAGAGGAAGGAAAAGAACUGAUGGAAUGCCAAUGCAGUGACCACUUCUGUGAAGACCAGAAGCGCCGAACAGACAUAUGCGCGCCGUUGGUGUUAGAAACAAUGAAUUCGCCGGUCGUACCUUGUCGAGUGGCCCAGUGGAUCUGCGAGGCGGACGCUAUCUGCUCCAAGGCUUUCGAGUACUACAAUCAGUACUGCAAAGCGAUGUUCCAUGGCAAAAAAUGCACGCCGCGAUGUAACAACUCAAUCAAUAUCCUCAGGCGACAGGAAAAAGCGGCCAAACUCAAGACGUGUAAAUGUGAUGGUACCGAGGACUACGACUGUCAUGGAAUCCAGAGAAAUAUGAACAAGCUCUGUUUCCACAAACAUUCCAGACACCAUAACAGAACGCAUCAUACAGGUGAAGAAACGAUACCAAUAGACAAAGAUCAAGCAGAAAUUGUACCAACCGUUAUUCUUGCCGGAAAUGGAAUGAACGUACAAAUCAGUUGGGCGUUGCUACUCACAAUAUUAGCGGCACUGGUGACCUGAAACUGAAUUAUUAAAUAAGAUACUAGUUAAUUUAUUUCCUGAAUCUACCUCGUUACAAAUAACAGUAUUUAUUCAUUGUAAUGAAGCCUUAGAGAGUGAUUUAAUCGAUGAUUUAAACUCAAGGGAACUGAGAAAUCCUUCUUGAAUUACAUGGUGGUGUCCUAUUGGUUGCAUUGGAAUACCGAAAAUAAAAAAAAAUAAUAUGAUUCCACUUCAAGGUUUUGAAUCAUAUUUUUUUUAAUCCACCAUGGCCCUUACCGGGAAAAUGCCGAAGGAUAAGAGACAAUAAUAACUCACAUGUCGUUUCAAUAAGUUCUUGAAAAAAUUUUGUGGAACUGUUUUCGAACAAGCAACCUAUAUUUCUGGUGAAAUCUUCCCAUCUACUCUGAAUUUUGUAAAUUGUACAGUAGUUAAAAAUUAGAAUAAUGUUGUAUAUAUCUGAAGACAAACCAUAUACCAGUGACUACUUCUAAUUCUGCCAAACACUUGAGUUUCCGAAUAUGUUCAACCAAAGAGAGCUUACAGCUGUAUAUAGCUUUAAGUUAUUUCAGAAUCUGGCUUCAAAUAGAUCUGCGGCAUUUCUUCCUGUAUAUCAGAUUUUUUCACAUUUUUGUAUUCGAUAUUGAAUAAUUGAGUUGGUCGAAUACAUCAACUUGAUAAAUAUGAUAAAGUUAUCAAACCGAAUGUAUCUCGUGGAAAAUAGAAAAUAAUGUAUUUUCACUAUUAAACAAAAUCAGUUUUGAAUAUAAUCAUAUCAUCCCUAUUGUUCAACUUUAUUAGUGUGACUAAUUAUUAUGUAAAUUCAUUACUGUGUAUAUAGAAGUCAUUUCUUUUUUAGUAUUUAGUUACAUAGAUUGAGUCAGGAGUUGUAUUUUGUGAAUGUUUAGAGCAUGUAAUAAAUAUCAUUUUCGUUACAGAA